UUUUCCUUCCUUGACCACCUGGCCGCCCCCACUGACACUUGUCAACUGGGUCUCGAUCCCUCCAAGAGACCCCUGACCGGCUCAUCCCACAAUGGAUACAAGGGGGCCGAGCAGUGUACAUCCGGUAUACUAGACGGGCGAAGUCUGUACACCUACCGACAUCUUAGCGGGAAGCCAAACGUGCAGACACUGGCAAGGGCGGCUAUCGUCGAUUCCACACAAUCCUCUCAUCAACACUGCCAAGGAAGUGCCUAGCAGUCCGCAACAUGAGGUUUGCGCGCCGCUUGUCCAUCUCGUCACAACCAGCUUGCUCCAGAAUAUGGACCCGAGACGAUGCAUCCUUACCCACACUCCUCAAUUAUCGCCUUCCCUGACCAGGACAGCCGUCUAGUCCUACGCUAUUCAUAAAGGUCCAGGUCUCCCCCGUCUGCUCGUUUCAUGGAUAUGGCCGUGAGGAUCUAGUCUGUGCUUCUUUUCUAGACCGAACCCGCCUUCACCGACUAUUCAUAUCCAGUAUAAUCCUGCCACAUUCCUCCCCCUUCCUUACCCUUUUCGCCCAAGAGGAGAGGCCCAAGAAAGCCUAAAAUCUCGCCGCCAAUGAUCAGUCCGUCCCAACUCAGCCUUGGGGCACACGACGCCGCCGUCUCGGCUGCGAAUCCGGUGUUCCGGAUCCUUAGCUCCCUGUGGGGUUUGCUCGCGCCGAAGCGAAUCCGUCUCGAAGAUGACCUGGCAAAGGAGCCCGAAAGGCUGGCCUCUCUUGUCAAGCCCAUCUGUACAGAUAUGCUGGAAGAGCUGAGCUAUCCCGGGGUCCCCAAACUCAAGAGAGAGUCGGUCGAAGCCCUGCUAAAAUACAUGUACAUGAGGGCCGUCGACAUCGGCUACCCCCUCGACACUCCCAUCUCCGCAAAAGCGUUCCGCUUGGGUUACUCACUGGGACUGCUCUGUCAUCCCGGUCACCCAACAGAAGUGCAGGGUUUCGUUGGCCUCUUUACAUGGCUCGUGGUCCAGUACGAUGAUAUCGUCGGUCAGAACGAUGAGAUGGCCGAGGCCCAGCUCUUUCAGAAGCGUUUCUUCAACGGCGAGACCCAGCCCAACGCCAUGCUGGAGGGACUGGCAGGCCUCCUCCGGGAAGCCCCUCGCCUGUUCGACCCCGUCAUGGCCAACCUGCUGCAGAUAUCGACCCUUAAAUUCUUGACUUGCAACCUUCUUGAGCGCCACGACGGUUUCCGAAACAUGCCUGUCACGCGGUCAGGAGUCAAGUUCCCAGACUUUCUCAGAGACCUGUCGGGCAUCAACGUCGCCUACGCUGUCUUCUGCUUCCCCAAGGCCCAGUACCCCGACGUUGGGCAGUACCUGGAAGCCAUCCCUGACAUGGCCAGGUUUAUCGACAUUUCGAACGACGUCAUGUCUUUCUACAAAGAGGAGCUCAGUGGCGACACGAGAAAUUACGUGCACAAUCGCGCGAUGGCGACCGGGAAGCCGGUACUCACCGAGCUUGAGGAGGUCAAGAACGAGGUGGUAGAAGCCGCUAAGCGGGCCUCGGCAAUCCUCAAGGGGCGUGGCAGAUACGAACAGUCCCUACGCGAGAGUGUUCGAGGACUGCUGGCGAUGCACACGGCGAACCCCAGGUACAGGCUAGGAGACUUGGGCCUGGCCGAGGAGCAUCCCCUGGGCCCCUUCGAGGACCAGAUCGGUGAGCUAUUCGACAGGAUGAAAGCGUGAAUUUGGGUCGCUCUCCCUUUUUCCACUGAAUUUUUUUUUCUUUUUUUUGGGUUUGCAAUUUCAAGAGGCAUAUGAUAUCCCCUGGGAGGCUUUCUGAGGUUUUGUUUUCUUUUUGCUCUGGGGUUUCGAUAUACCGCUUUGUUUUACUGGGUUGGCUGAUUCGGGUUCUGUUAAUGAUGGUUGUUGGAACGGUGCCCGUGGUGGUUGAGGGUGAGACGGUAUUGUAAUCGAAAACAACGGGCAGUACCCGUUGAGAGAAUUCCUGGAACAGACUUAUUAUAUGGUUCUUUCUUAUGA